AUGGCUGAGUGUCUAGAGGAGAUUGAACCGUAUGUCACUCCAAAUCAAUCAGUCCAACUGGAUACGUCAACUCAAAAGACGUCGUCCGCCUUUUCGUUGUCACAUUUACCGCCAAUAACGUUGCCGCCCUUUGACGGCAAGUAUGAAGAGUGGGAAAGCUUCCGCGAUCGGUUUACAUCGUUAAUUAUAGACAAUUCAGAGCUAACAGACUUCGCGCGGAUGCAUUUUCUCACCGCUAGUGUAAAGGAUCGAGCUCGCGAGUGUAUUCAACAUCUUUCCGUCACAGCUGACAAUUUUACCGUUGCGUGGAAUACUUUGAAGGCCCGCUUCGAAUGCACACGGCGCCUUCUUAAUGUUCAUCUCAAUACAUUGUUGAAUUUGCCCGCGAUCCAUCGUGAGUCGAUUCCAGAAUUACAAGUGCUUCGCGAUAAGACUAACGCCACGGUGGCGGCGCUCAAAAAUUUGGAUCGCUCCUCGGACCAGUUGUGGGACGAUAUUCUCGUUUGCCUGAUUUCACAAAAAUUAGACUCGCAGACGCGCAAAGCGUGGAACCUCAAAAAUAACGACGUGAACACGCUCCCAUCCUCCAAGGAGCUCUUUGACUUCCUCGAUACGAGAAUUCGCGCUCUCGAGGAAUGGAAGCUGCCGCUCUCCUCAUCGGACAGGUCAACCAAGGCGCCUAACACUCAAAAGAUCAGCAGCGCGAACGCCACCGCGAAGGCGCAAUUAAAAUGUUCCUUAUGCAAAGCCAAUCAUUUUCUUAACGCAUGUCCGAUAUUCGCAAAGAAGAGUUCGAGUCAACGUCGCGAUUUCGUCAAACAAGACGGUCGCUGUUUUAACUGCCUCAGUAAAGGUCACGCGGUUCAAAAGUGCGCAAGUAAAUACACUUGUCGCCAAUGUCAAAGCAAGCAUCACUCGUUACUGCACGAUGAUUCGAACUCUUCCUUAAAAUCAGAUGACCCGAAGUCGUCAAAUCCGCCGGCGAUUCCCGUUGAGUCGCCUCCCGACGCGGUAAAUUCUCUCAAUGCGUCGUCUCAGCAGCUUCGCCGUUCUUCUGUUUUAUUGGCGACUGCCUGGGUUACGGUUACUGCGCCGUCGGGUCGAUCGGUCGAAGUAAGAGCGCUACUUGACCAAGGGUCAGAGAUGACGUUUAUCAGCGAGCGACUGGCGCAAAGUCUGCGUCUUAAACGAGUUCGCAUGCCGACGUCUAUCUCUGCCGUCGGGGGUGUCACGGUGGGAACCUGUCGGCACGCCGCUCAAAUCACCAUAUCUCCGCGGAGUGCAUCGGCUCCGGGAUUCUCGACAACCGCGUUAAUCUUAAAUUCAUUGACGGCAUAUUCACCGCAGCGAGUCCCAGAAGAGUCCGUGCUCGGACACAUGGGUUCGCUUCCAUGGGCCGAUAGCGACCCCAUGAGUGCGGAUCCUAUCGACCUUCUUAUCGGUGCCGAUCUCUAUAGCGAAAUUAUUCUGGACGGCAUUCGUAAAUCGACGGUCGGACGACCGAUCGCACAGAAUACGGUAUUCGGUUGGGUAAUUUCAGGGCCGACGUCGCGGUCCGAAAUUCUGUCUCACGCAUCGUUCAUCAAACCAGGUGACGAUCGAGCAAGCGCUCAAAUCACGUCACUACAUUGUUCUACGACCUUGUCCCUCGACAAGGAACUUCGACAAUUUUGGGAAACGGAGGAAAUCCCUCGUCGAAUCAUGUUUACUCCAGAUGAGGAAGCCUGUGAGCAACAUUUCUGCGCUACUCAUUCUCGUCGGUCGGAUGGACGGUACACCGUCCGUCUUCCGUUCAAAACUAAACCGCCUAUCGACAUAGGCGACUCCCGGGCGAUCGCCGAGAAACGCUUAACAGCGUUAACGCGGCGACUUCAAACCCAACCUGAACACCAAAAAGAGUACUCCGACUUCCUCCAGGAAUACCAGAGUCUCGGGUACAUGCGGGAAGUGCCUCAAUUCUCCGUAUCACCCGAACAAUGCGUAUACAUCCCGCACCACCCGGUUAUCCGAGACAGCAGUUCGACUACACAUUUGCGCGUGGUUUUCGAUGCGUCGAGUUUAACUACCAACGGGUCGUCAUUAAAUAAUCACUUAUACGCCGGACCGAAAUUGCAAACGGAAUUACCCGCGGUCAUCCUGCAGUGGCGCGCCUUUCCAUACGUUUACACUGCAGAUAUUACAAAAAUGUAUCGACAAAUUCUCGUUGACCCCCGCGAUGUCGACUUCCAAAGGAUUUUGUGGAAAUCGGACGCUUCGGAAUCAUCCCGAGCUUUCCAACUUCUUACGGUAACGUAUGGAACGGCGUGCGCUCCAUUCCUCGCGCUCCGUGUAAUCAAACAAUUAGUCAUCGACGAAGGUCGAAAUUUUCCGUUGGCUUCAGACGUACUCACCUACCAAAUUUAUGUCGACGAUGUCCUCUUCGGUGACAACAACCCGACCCGGCUCAAGCAAACUCGCGAUCAACUUAACGAACUGCUCCGUCGGGGAGGAUUCGAAUUGCGAAAAUGGGCGAGCAAUUCAGCUUCACUCUUAGCGGAUAUCAGCCCGACCAACCACGGUCUCGCGUGCAAAAAACCAUUUCAGAGCGACGAAAAUCUGAAGAUACUCGGGAUCAGUUGGAGCCCCGCGUCGGAUGUUUUUUCGUUUCGCGUGCAAACCAUCGGCGAAUGCCCGCGGUCAAAGCGACUGAUUCUUUCGACUAUAGCAAAAUUAUUCGACCCGCUCGGCUGGGUAACUCCUGUAACGAUAAAGGCAAAGAUUUUCUUACAAUUAUUGUGGCGUCUUAAAGCCGAUUGGGACGACGAAAUUCCGGAAGAGCACUUCGAUAAAUGGCGCACCAUUUACCAUCACCUGACCGAAUUAAAUAAUCUCGAGCUUCCUCGCUGGAUAGGAACCGACGCGACCGCGACGCUCUCGGAGAUUCACGGAUUCGCCGAUGCAUCGUCAGUCGCCUACGCCGCCGUAGUCUACCUUAAAACUGUCUCGAAAUCCGGUAAGAUCACGAUCUCUCUCUUAACAGCGAAAUCUAAAGUCGCACCCGUAAAACCUCUGAGCAUACCCCGACUCGAGCUGUCAGCCGCGGUCCUUCUGUCCAGAUUGAUCUGUUUUGUGCAAUGCUCGCUUCGAGUUGAGAUUUCGCGCUGUGUCUGUUGGACCGACUCGACCAUUGUACUUGCGUGGCUCAAGCAGCAUCCAUCCCAGUGGAAAACAUUUGUCGCAAAUAGAGUCAGCGAAGUUCAGACUAACGUGCCGGCCGCAUCUUGGCGCCAUGUGCCAACGCAGGAUAAUCCUGCCGACUGCGCAUCGCGUGGAUUGCUCGGCAGGGACUUAAAAGGGUUCAAAUUAUGGUGGCAAGGUCCGAACUGGUUACGGUGUUCGCCGGACAAGUGGCCGACUAACGUCGCCACCGCUCAUUCCGAUGUAGAAAUGGAGCACAAAAGAGUUGUGCAUUCCGCGAUCCCGCUCCCGGAAUGGGAUCUCAUAGAUAAAUUUUCGUCUUGGCUAAAGCUGAUUCGCGUUACCGCGUAUAUUCAAAAGUUCAUUAGUCGCUGUCGGGGAGUCGGAACAGAGAGCUCAGCUUUGACCUCUCACGAAAUUCAACGCGCCAAAGUAUUUUGGCUUCAACGCGUUCAAAACACGUUGUUCUCCCAAGAACUUAACACUCUAAAAAAUCAAGGUCAAAUCUCGAAGAAAAGCGCCCUUCUCUCACUUCAUCCGUUCCUCGAUGAGGACGGGCUUCUGCGAGUCGGUGGGCGAUUAAAAAACGCCCCGAUUCCAUUCGCCACUCGACAUCCGAUCGUGCUCGCCGCGCAUCCGCUCGUGAGUCUUCUCAUCCAACAUAUUCAUAUCCGGUCGCUCCAUGCCGGAUUGCAACUAACUCUAGCGACGUUGAGACGAGAAUAUUGGGUCGUGCGCGCUCGCACGGUUGUUAAGGCAAUCCUUUUCAAAUGUGUAACGUGCACCCGCGAAAAGGCGAGUUCUCCGUCCCAGCUUAUGGGAGAUCUUCCAGUGUCGCGCGUUACUCCACCCGCACGCAGCUUUCAGCACUGCGGCAUCGAUUACGCCGGUCCUGUGGUGGUUCGCGCUUCUGGGGGCCGCGGCGCGAAAUCAAAAAAGGCCUAUAUCGCCUUAUUCGUUUGUCUCGCGAGUCGAGCCAUUCACUUGGAGCUGGUCGGCGAUUAUACGACCUCGGCGUUUUUAGAUGCAUUCUCGCGGUUCUGCGCUCGUCGAGGAUUGCCGGAGUCGAUGCAUUCUGAUAACGGUACUACGUUCGUCGGCGCUGAUCGAGAGCUGCAACGGGCGUAUCAGGCUGCGCUUCGCGAUCCCGACUUUCAGAACACUACCGCUUCCGAUCGUAUUACAUGGCACUUUCUGCCUCCCUCCGCACCGCACUUCGGCGGUGCGGGAGGCAGGGGUGAAGAGCGUAAAAUAUCACCUCCGACGAGUUUUAAAGAGAUUGAGGCGUGUCUUAACUCACGGCCCCUCGCACCGAUCAGGGAUACUCCGGACGAUUGCGACACAUUAACUCCCGGACAUUUCUUGAUCGGCUCCGCGGUUAAUGUCAGUCCCGAGCCAUCCGUGUUAGACGUAAAUGAAAAUCGGUUGUCCCGUUGGCAACGAGUUCGGCAAUUGACGGAGGGAUUUUGGCGCCGAUGGCAGGACGACUAUAUCAAUACUUUACAGCAACGCAGUAAAUGGAGAACGUUGCAAUCUCCAGUGAAAGUCGGGCAGCUCGUGUUGUUAAAAAAUUCCACGCUUCCACCCUGCAAGUGGGAGCUCGGGCGAAUCACUCAAUGCCAUACCGGAGCCGACGGACUUGUCCGCGUAGUUACCGUUAAGACCGCCGGCUCUGAGUUUAAGCGACCCAUCGUUAAAAUCUGCUGUCUUCCCGUCGACAUCGAAAAACA